AGCGAGCGCCAGGCCGUCCGCCGCCGAGGUAAAGAGCUUCUCUGGUUGUUAUUCACCUGUACCGUGUGUCCAUGUGUGUUGAAGUUUCAUUGCGAGCUAAGGCUUCAUAAAGGGACUAAUUAACGAGUAGGCCUUCGAACUAAGGGGUGUCGGAGGAACACCAGCGCCACCAUGGGGCGUAAAGAGAUCUCCUGCAGCUGGAAGAAGAGCACCAACAACAUCAAGGAGGUGUUUGACUUCAAGGGCAAAAUGGGAGCAGGCUCCUUCUCUGAGGUGUUCAUGGUGCGGGAGAAGAAGACGGGGAACCUGUACGCCCUGAAAUGCCUGAAGAAGAAAUUCCUGGCAAACAGCAACCUUGAGAAUGAGAUCAACGUGUUGAGAAAGAUCAAGCACGAGAACGUGGUGAGCCUGGAGGACUUCUACGAGAGCCGUACCCACUACUACCUGGUCAUGGAGCUGGUGUCCGGAGGGGAGCUGUUCGACCGGAUCCUUGAGAAGGGCAUGUACACAGAGAAGGACGCCAGCCUGGUGGUGCGGCAGGUGCUGGAGGCGGUCAGCUAUCUCCAUGACAACAACAUUGUGCACCGAGACCUCAAGCCUGAGAACCUUCUGUACCACAACAUGGACGCCAACUCCAAGAUCAUGAUCAGUGACUUCGGCCUUUCAAAGAUGUCUGAGCACGGGGUCAUGUUCACGGCCUGCGGAACCCCCGGAUACGUGGCCCCUGAGGUCCUGGCCCAGAAACCCUACAGCAAAGCAGUGGACUGCUGGUCCGUAGGGGUCAUCUCCUACAUCCUGCUGUGUGGCUACCCGCCGUUCUUCGAGGAGAACGAGAAGAGUCUGUACGCCAAGAUCAUGCGGGCGGACUACAGCUUCCACAAACCCUUCUGGGACGACAUCUCAGAAUCAGCUAAAGACUUCAUCAGGAACAUGAUGGAAAAAAACCCAAAGAACCGCUUCACCACUGAGCAGGCGCUGAGGCAUCCCUGGAUUUACGGAGACACAGCGAGCGACCAGGACAUUUACCAGUCCUUCUGCGAGCAGGUCCAGAGAAACUUUGCCAAAUCCAAAUGGAGGCAAGCCUUCAACGCGACCACCGCCAUCAACCACAUGUGUAAGCUGCAGCAGUCUCGCGGCGAGCUCCCUGGCCCCGGCAUGGCCCCGCCCGACUGGUGUGAGGAAGAGGGCCCCUGUCUGGACCCAGACCCCAACCCCCCAAGUGCCACCGAGCGCACAGCUGCCACCCAGUCCGAGGUGGCCCCGCCCACCCAGCCCCUGAUCGCCUCCCCGGGUGCCGCCGUGUUCCACUCAGAGAGCAGCGCCAUCCACAUGCCGCCCCUCAGCGCUGAUACUGUGGAGAGAGGGAGGAACCAGAGGGGACAGACGCUGCAGACAGGGGUGUGUUCUGUCAUGUGAUUGGCCGGACCAUUCACAUCCUAGGUCACCCAGUUUUCUCACGCUGUUUUCAACCAGUGAAGUCCUUCACUGCUCUGUGAAGACAUCCAACGCUUUCCUGAAGUCUGUUCCUGUCUGCUACUGUCCUUAAUAGAGCAUGUGGUCCCAGAUAUACUGUUAUGGUAGAAGACCUUCAGAAUUUCACGUUUUACCAUAGCCCGGCCAUUCGCUCUGAGGGAGAUGUUGACUGACGUUACGUAUGGUGUGUUGUCUUCAUCCUGCCACAGGAAAGAAAACAGCUUUGUGGAGCUUAAUGUUGAACCAAACACACAUACACACACACACACACACACACACACACACACACACACACACACACACGCACACACACCUGUACAGGCGCACAAUGUUGUUAAACACAUGCAGACACACACACCUAUACAGACGCAUGCUGUUGUUAAUCUUAUAUAUCUUUAUGGUGUUGUUUUUACUGAACUGGAUUUCAAUAUUAUCAAAUGGGUCUUUUGAGUUUACCUUUACAUGCUCUGUAAUGUCACAUUUCUGUGACAUAUAUGCAUAUAUUUAUAUAGUCAACGUCACAGUUGUACUCAAGCAUUCAGAUUCUGGUUAACACAUGACUCAUGUUAUUUGACACGCUUCGAAUGUAAUUUUUAUGUCAGGUAUCCCGUUUGCAGGUACAUAAAGAGACUUAAGUCAGGCUCUGCACCUUGUGCGAGGUCCUGCAUUGUGUAUCAGGGGGUCGACCUUUCGGAGGUCUCUCUGGUUUAUUUGUUUUAUUUCAACCUUUGCAACCUGUAUAGCUCUGCUCAGGAAGGAGCCAACCAUUUCUCUGGGAGUGGGUUUUAUAUGUGCCACAUUUCAAGCCAUAAUCCAGUGCAUCGAUGCAGUGCACUAUAGUCGUUAAAGCGGCAAUCUCGAAGAUCUUUAAAGAUUUUCAUUUAAAUAAAUGUCAGUUAAGUCACUAUUAAUCGCCGCAUGAGGUGACACCAUACUGAUGGAGCCUCUGGCCCGUGGGUUAAAGCCCUUGCAUUUGCAGUUUUAUGAUUGUUAGGAACUGGUUGUCAUGGCGACAUUACCGCCUUACAUUCAAAUCCCAAGAGUCACAGUGAGCGGAGCGUUUCUGCUCCCAAGCAGUGGUGGUUCCGAGAGGGGAGGGGGGCAGGACGGCCUCGCUCUUCAACCCACCUACCGGAGCAGGGCGCACGUUUGAUACCCGCCAUGGGUGAAAGUCCUCUGGUACAUAUGUUAUGUUGUAAUGCCAUGCUCAUGGGUUCUUUGCUUAUUUUCUCAAUAAACAUUUAAAAUCA